UGCCGUAGUGUGUCUCGGUUGUUGAUCGCUUGAUUGUUGUGGUCGUGGUGAAGGUGGUGGGAUUGCGCUGGUGUGUUUGUCAGCACCGACAAGACGUGAUUUUUUCUGUGAGGCCGCGGCCGACCGCUGUGACCCGUUAACAGCGCGGUCCGAGGCCUGCCGCGAUGGACCCAUAUUCAGGUGACAGCAGCGAUAGCCUGCACAGCGGCUCGCUGGAGUGGUCGGGGCCGUUCGUGGAGGAGAUCGACCAUCGCGAAAUCGAGCUGUUCGAGGUGGUGGGCAAAGGGACCUUUGGGCUUGUGCGCAAGGGUCGCUGGCGAGACCAGGAUGUGGCCGUCAAGUCUAUUGCCUCGGACCACGAGAAGCGCGCAUUCCUCGUUGAGGUGCGGCAGCUGUCACGAGUGGAUCACCCCAACAUAGUCAAGCUGUACGGAGCUAGGGUGCGAACGCCGGUGUGCCUAGUCAUGGAGUAUGCAGAAGGCGGAUCCCUGUACAAUGUGCUGCACACGAUGAAGCAGGUACCGUACACACUGGCGCACGCCCUGAGCUGGAUGCUGCAGUGUGCCCGUGGGGUGGCUUACCUGCACAGCAUGAAGCCCAAGGCCCUGGUGCACCGGGACCUCAAGCCACCCAACCUGCUGCUGGUCAACGGGGGCACGGUGCUCAAAAUUUGUGACUUCGGCACGGCCUGUGACGUGCAGACCCAGAUGACCAACAACAAAGGCAGUGCUGCAUGGAUGGCCCCCGAAGUGUUUGAGAGCUCGACAUACUCGGAAAAGUGCGACAUCUUUAGCUGGGGUAUCAUCCUCUGGGAAGUGCUCACACGCCGCAAGCCGUUUGAAGACUGUGGCCCACCCGCCUUCUGCAUCAUGUGGGCCGUCCACCAAGGAAAGAGGCCUCCACUGAUCCGUGGCUGUCCUACCAUUCUGGAGGAACUGAUGGUUAACUGCUGGUCCAAACAUGCUGAGCAGCGGCCUCCCAUGGCCGAGGUGGAGAAGACCAUGGACUACUUGGCAGCCUUUGUUCCAGGAGCUGACAUCCCUCUCACAUAUCCAGCACCGCAGAGGAAUGAUGCUGAGUCGCUGGGCAACGACGAGUGGAGUGAGCCAGCCGGUCCGGAGACUGACCCGUCGUGGGGCUCCCAGCGGCAAGCCACUUCCCUUGUGGUACAGGGAGCUACAAACACCACCACCAAGGCCCGGAGAAGUGGUGACGAGCAGCCACCGCAGAUGAGCGCGCCACCAUCGUUGUCCUGCAGCAUCGAGGACUUGCAACGCCUGACCGAACUCUCGCUUCAGGAUGGUGCUGCAGGAGACGCAUCAGCUGCUGGGGCAGGUGUCGUCCCAUCAUGGACUCCAGGCCACCGUCGGGUCGGAUCGGCAGGCUCCCAGCAGCCCAGCAUGGCAGCUGCCUUGGAUGCUGGCGAUCAUCGCACACCACAGCUGCCUCCACAGUGGCCUGGAAGGACGGGUGGCCACCCACGGCCUCAUCCGAGCUUCCAGACACCCUUGCUGACGCGGCCGGACCCUUCGCGGAAGACCUCGUGGCCUGCUACACCAGACUGUCCGCAGGAGGUGGACUUGGGCCUCAAUGCUCACUUGCUCAUCGAGCCAGCCUUGCAGCCCCUGAGCCCAGUUCCAAGCUGCCAGGAGUCGGUGCGCAUCUUUGACGACCACCGGUGCUUGGCCCAGUGGUACUUCAAGCUGCAGUCGGAGAUCUGCCUGCUCAACCAGCGAAGCAAGGAGCUGGACAAGGAGUUGGAAGUUCCCGUGUCUGAACCCCAGCGCACGUACUACGAUGAGGCUGAACAGCUGGAGAAAGAGCAGGAGCAGCUGAAGCUUCUGCGCGAGAGCCUCAAGAACCAGCUGCAGCUGCUGAAGCAGCAGCAGCGGCAGGACCAACGUGGCAAUCAACCAGGCAGUCAACCUGGCAGUCAACCUGGCAGUCAACCUGGCAGUCAGCAUGGCAGUCAGCCUGGCAGCGGCAACGAGGAAUGGGUCAUGGUGCCCAUGCCACGGUAGCAGAACACGCACAACACUGCAGGGGAACGCCGUUGUCAGUGCGCAUCUAGUGCCAGCUGCCACUGGAGUGUGUGUUGGCCUUCGCAGUCUGCUGCUGUAACUGGGUUGGCACAGUUAGGGUGGAAUGUUCUUGUUGUUGUGUGGCUAGCUCACCAGCAUCGACUAGGGACUCUGCGGAGCAUGGGGCAAAUUAUUUGUUGUUACUCGGUGGAUAAAGUGGGGGGGGGGGGAGGGGAAGGGGGAGGGUGUAGGCACAGCAGCUGGGCAAAGUGGCCACUGGCAAUUGUUACUGCAAUACAGUAGUUAGCCAAGCUUGUUGGUAUGACUAAGUAAUAUGGCAAACAGUGUGAAAAUGGGGAAAAGGAUUAAGAGAACCGGCGACAGGGGUGGCAACAUCCAAUUAAAGUCUACUGCAAGGGAGCUCAAUGUUUAGGCAGCUGAAAACAAGGCGAUUGCAAAUAAAUCCCACCUACUCGGAACCCCCCGUCACUCAUUUGAUCAUUUUGUGACGUGUGUGUGUGUGUCGUUCUUUGCAUUUGCCUUCAUUUUUAUACCUUUUGCCCAAUAAACUUCAGUUGGAAGUCAGUGCCCACGUCAUCUGUUUCCUCAAUUUUUGUCCCGUUUUCACGCUGCUUGCCAUAUUAUGCAAUUGUUGGUUGGGAGCAUGCACAUUCCUUGAUGUAUGCUGUCACUUUUUCCAAGGUUUCUAAAGCUGCUGCAUAAGUGACAAGUGCUGGUGCCAAGUUCCUUGGUAUCAGUACCCCUGGCACUGAAAAAGGUGUGAGGAAAAGCACAUAUGCCAUAAAUGCCUGCAUAGCUCUUGAGUACCACGUAUUGCGCAAUAGGGGGCCCUGUGCCCAACUGACUUGAAGCAGACAAUUCUGACUUGUCUGCUUGUUUUGUCGUGCCAGAGGAUUGGCAAGUGUGCAGAUGAUAGUAAUGAAGGCAAAGGAGGUGCCGGUGAAAACUGGAGUCUUUCAAUUGCUGUCAUCAAAUUUUUUGCUGAUGCUUUCUAUUGUCAAAUAAGCUUCAUGGAAAACCUGGUGAAACUUGCAUCAGUUGCUUUGGCAACAGACAUUGUCUCCUGCUUUUUGUGCAUGUACAAUUGUACAGGUACUCCCCCCUCCCUUCUUUUUCUAUUUUUCUGUGAGCACCAGCCCCCAGAAUGGUACAACCUGUAUCUGCUGUAUGUGCAUGAAAUAUUUCUUCCUUGAGUCAGGCCAUCAUACAAAGAGUAGCGUAUUGGUAUUGAGGAACUGGUUACCUAACCUCUCAACCAUUUUUUUGUUACCUUUGUACCAUAUUUGCAAUGCAGUCCAAGGUUUCAAUUAUUAUCGGAUUCUGUUUGUCAAAGACACAGACCCUUACCUUAAAAUUCCAAACAAGCGCCCCUGCCCGUGCAAGUACACCCCCUGCACUUUCGAGUGAUCUGAAAUUGGCGCCAACUACUGAGCAAGCGCCCCCUCCCUUCACCCUGUUCACCGCUUCAUGCAUUUUCACCGGACCACCUUGUUACAAUUUAUUGUCAGCGUUUUACAAAAUUGCAUAUUAAAUUGCAUAAAAUGGCACAAUUUAGUGAGAAAGAAAUUUAUUGUUUAGCCACACUUCUGCUGAGGCCCAAUAGUUCACCUUAGCCAGGUAUCUGCAUAGCCAUAGCCUUCGUCAAUCACCAUUUUGGUCAAAUGUGCGAAGUGUCACGUGUUAAUUAAGUGCGAGACACAUGGUGUGGUCCUGCACGUGAUCUGCGUUAAGACGUGCCGAAGUCCUACUUGCCGCACACGACGAUUCGAGACACAUGGGGCAAACGAGCAAGCGGCAGGUAGCUCCACCCAGAACCGGUGCCCCUGCAUAGAUGCUCGAAAUGACUUUGCAAAUACAGCGAAAACAGACGAGUUUGCAGAGCUCUCUCGUUUUAAACAAAAGAUGCCAAUAGUACAAACACGACUAUGUGAGCAGUGUAGACGUCUUUCCGCUACGCCACGUCUGCAGUGUCGGCUCCAUUAACUGUUGCCGAUGACUAGGAGCCGGCAGGCCUAGCUUGCUGGGCCGUCGAAUCGGGGACCAGUGGUGCUUGUGACACGACUUUAUGCAGCUCGUAAUAAAGCGCCUAUCUGGGUCAGCACAGUAUUACACUAUUACACUACUGCACUAUUAAAUCGCGCUUAAACUGCAAUACAUUUGAUUUUAUCAAUGCCGACGGAAGCGAAUGAGUAAGCCAGGUGAGCCUGUGAUUGCUGGGAGACGGUAUAGGCCUAGCUCACUGGCCGCUGGAUGCGGGGUCGCCGGCCCUUGAAUUUCGGUUCAUGACCAAGUAAGGCCUCCCCUCCUUUCCCACAGACUUCCGUGGUUUAUCUUUCAAUAUAGGGGGGGGGGGGGUGCUUGCUCGGAAUUUUACUGUGUUUACGAUGGAAUUGACUGCCGUGACAUUUUCUAUCAGUUCACUGGCUCGCUCUGUUGUGGGACACCUUAUAAGCAUGUUUAAUAAGGGGUUGACUUUUAACAAUUUUUCACAACAGUUUGUUAAGGUGGCGGUGCAUCUUCAGUGGUACAUUGACUGCUUUGCUGCGUACGCAUUGUAAUGGCCACAAUGCCUUUUCACCUCAGUCCGAGAAGCUUAGCCAUUUUUGUCUGUUUCACUCAUUAUUCUAUCAACCUGUCACUGAUUUUUUGUCUACAUGCAAAAAAAAAAAAGAAGAAUGAGCUCAACUCGUGUCACAAUGCAGGCUUGUUGGUACGUCAUCCUGGAAUAUUAGCGUUGCACAAGCAACACCAGGACACAGGGCAGAGCAUGCGCACACCGACGCUGUGUGGGUUCGUGUUCUCUUCUCUAUCGUCAUGUUGCUCGCGCUGCACUAGCAUUUCAAGUGAGAACCUUUGUGGCUUGACAGUCACCUGGCAAGGUGAUGUAUCGGUGGGCAAGCUGUGAUGUGACCCACACAAUUGCAUGCGUUUGCAAUUUUUCUUUGUGGGAAAAGCUGUCAUUUUAUUGAUGUCAACCAAAGCUCAUUUGACCACACACACAACUCCACAUUGUACCUGUCCAGGCAUACAUAGCUACAGCAGAAUGUCACUGAUAUGCCAUCGCAGUUAUGAUUUUGCUGAAGCCUUGAUCCGACUAUUCUAUGAAAAUAGUCAGCAUGUUCGUGUGACACAUUUUCCGGGAUUUUUAUGUUGUAUUCUUCAGGUCUCGCAGAAGAUGUGCACUAGGCUUUCUAGUGUAUAUGUUUUCCUCGCUUUAUUAUUUAGUACAAUGCAUUGUUGCAUUGAAUCCCUCGUUCGGGCAAGUGUGCGCUACUCGUAAUUCAGAUUUUGCAAUGUGUCGGCAUGCCUUGUUCUGCAUGUAAUGUCAUGGCCCUGUGCAUGAUAUGUCUUAGUACAAAUUACAUUACGAAAUUAUGUCGCUGUGUCUAGAAAAGAGUGCUGUUUGCUUUUAACUGUCAAAACAUGCAAUACAAGAAAAAGUUCGUCACAUUCUAGGUUUUUACGUGCCAAAACCACAAUAUGAUUAUGAGGCAUGCCGCAGUGGGGGACUCCGCAUCAAUUUUGACCACCUGGGGUUCUUUGAUGUGCUCCCAAUGCACGGUAUACGGGCGCUUUUGCAUUUCGCCCCAUCGAAUUGCGGCUGCCGCGGUCAGGAUUUGAGUCCACGCCCACCCGUGCAGUACAGACGACCUCAGAAGGUUCUAAAAGCUGUGCCAUAGCAGGUUUUUUCUCAUCAUCUUAGUGUGCGGCUCACAGUUGCAAAGUACAGUAUGCCUUGCUCUUAAGGAAACAUAGGAUUAGUGUUCAAGCCCAUGUAAUUCAAUACGGGUUGCAUCAGCAUCAUUGAGGAUAACUGGUGAACAUGAUGUGUUAAGUAGAAUCAUAUUAAUUAAAGAUGUUUUUCCAGGCCUUCAUAUCAAAACUGUGCUGCAAUUGGGGCUGCAAUACCAGCUCCGAUAAUGCUCAGAUAUCACUGUAUUGAAUCAAAUUGCAAACAUUUGAAUAAUUCUAUUCGCAAAUUGAAUAUCUACACUUCGAUCUUUCAAAUAUUUGGUAUAUCUGGUGCAGACAUCCAUGCAGUGCCACAUGCCACAUAAGAUUCGAGUGGAGCCCCUUGUGCUUGACACAGCGGUGCGACUCUCCCGAUUUCAGGAUCUUUGGCAAGUGACAAAUUGCACCUGACUUGACUACGAAAACUGCGACCUCCGUUGACUUGCGCAGCGCCAACGAUGGCUGUGCGUGGAGUGGGGGAGCGAGUCACGUGAUGCGCGGUCCGUGCUUUCAUUGGUUGGUCUUACUUUUAGCCCACCUGUCAGAAAGAUGCGAAAGCCCUUUUGUGUUUUGGAGGAAAUCUUGAAAAGCAAAACUUUAGAUGCAAUAAAAGAUAGUCAUGAAAUAUAGGUUCACUAUAAAACUGAGAAUGUCCAUAAAAUACAGGUUCACUAUUAAACUGAGAAUGUCCAUAAAAUACAAGUUCAUUAUUAAACUGAGAAUGUCAUUGGUAUUCAGUAGAACACAAUGUCACUGUAAUUCUUCAGCUUCAGAGGGAAAAAAACUCUUUGUGCUAUUCAACAGACAUUUUAUUGGUAAAAUGCUUUUCAGAUUUUUAUAUGCUAGAACUGACCUGUAAUCAGUGCUGGCAUGCUAAUUUAGAGUUCAUAUUGAAAAGAGUAGACUGUAAUGUACAUUUUGAUUUCUAUGUACCUCAAUUACUGAUAGUUUACUAGUUUACUACAUCCUUUUUACGCAAUGCUAGGAGACUUGCAAGCAUCUACCGCACCGCGUUUUCUUGACCAAAAUUUGUAAGCAUUAAAUUUUGUGAUAAACGGUCUUAUUUUCAAUUCUAUA